AUGGCAGGCGUCUUCGAUUCCCAGGCAGUUUCGGAAGCAUCGAGCCAGAACCCGCUCAAGGGUCUGUGGAAACCCACGCAUUUGCAGCGUCUGCAUUAUGGAUCGGGGAGCGUGAAGGAACAUCUCCUGAAAUGUCUCCCAAACGAGACUUCCAAGGCCUUUAUCCUGACGGGCUCCUCGCUGGCGAACAAGACGUCAUUGAUCAAGCAGGUGCAAGAACUGUUGGGAUCCCGACAUGCAGGCACCUUUAGCAAGAUUGGCCAACAUGCGCCUGUGGCGCAACUGGAUGAGGCGACGGAGCUGGUCAUGCGGGAUGAAUCCAUCGAUACCAUCAUCAGCAUUGGUGGGGGAAGUCCGAUUGAUUCGGCCAAAGCCAUCAGCUAUCGCUUGAAUGAGAAGCAGCCAGGCAAGUUCUUGUAUCACAUCACCAUUCCCACCACUUUGAGUGCUGCCGAGUGCACGUUUGGGGCGGGAUAUACCAAUGCAGAUGGCAUGAAGACGGGCAUUGGACAUCCCGAGGUCGCGCCGCAUGUCAUUAUUUAUGACAGCAAGUUUGCGCUCGAGACUCCCCCGUGGCUGUGGAUGAGCACGGGGAUGCGAGCAAUGGAUCAUGCCAUGGAACUCCUCUACCACCCCACUUCGACAGAGAUGCCGGCAAGACAAAUGUGUCUUAUCGCCGCCGGAGAUUUAUUCACGUAUUUGAAAAAGUACAAGCAGGACCCCAAAGACGAGCAGGUCAUCACAAAGCUGCAACUCGCGGCCUUUGCAUCGCUGGGCUUCCUGGCKUUGAAUUUCCAAGGCGGCCUCGGUCUUUCCCACACCCUUGGAUACGCCUUGGGUUCCCCCUUCCAAAUCCCUCACGGCAUCACCUCAUGUCUGACUCUCGGGCACGUCGUGAAGCUCAAAGCCGAGAGCUCUGCGGACGAUGCCGGGCAACUGGCGAGGGCGGCGCCGUUCAUCGGUAUCCCUAGGUCGGGAGAUGAUAGAAAGGAUGGUGUUGCUGUUGGGGAUGCCAUUUUGCAGCUGGUGCAGGAUCUCGGUCUGAAGACCACGUUGACGGAGAAGGGUGUUGGGAGGGAUAAGGUGCAUUUUAUCGUCUCGACGGCUACGAGGCAGGAGAGUGGGCCGCUGUAUGAUGCGGUGAAGCAGCUGGUUGAAAAGCUGUAUUGA